AUGUCAGACAACAGAUCUCGAAUCAGCACCCGCUCUGCCAACACGGUCGAAAAGUCUGUGGUGAUCGACACGACCCUGGAGGAGAACCAAGACAUCGAUAGUGCCGUGAGCCGGAUCACCUCUGCAGACCAAGACUUUAUUACGGCCGAGGAUGUUGAGGUGAGGGUGACUAGGAAGGCAGGGACUGAUUACGUUACCGUGCACUAUCCAGUAAGGCGGGUUAUCGAAGAGGAGUAA